UGAACACACAGGGAAGAAUUUCGUACCUACUAAGUUAUGUUCUCAAUCCAAAAACAAUACAAAACAGGAGUUUAUCGUAUCAAUGGCUCCAUAUCGAACUUCCGUUGCAGAUUAACCAUCCGAAAAAUUCAUUCCCUAAUCGACGUCCCCAUUUUGGAAGGACUUGACAAAAGCCACGAAAAUAGAGAUGCGGUUGAAAAUGGAACAAACGAAACACGAACUAUUUGCUGGCAGGAGAAAAUAUUUAGUCACUACGAAAAGGACUAUUAUCGCAUAAAGGAGAACUGCAAAACGGAUUAUCAUAAGAAAUACUAUCAAAUGCUAAAAUCAGAAUCUCAUACACCGCAGCUGCUGUUCACGUAUGUUGAUGAAGACAACUACUAUCCGGAUGACCGGGACAACCAAAACCAUAGGCGGCAGCAGCAACACCAGGCACAGGAUAUGCCCUCCAAAACCCAAUCAAUGUACCUUAUGGCCGAUUUAGGGCAUGAAGUGCUGUUAUUCAGCAUUUCUUUUUGUCCUGAUGAAGGAAUAUUGACAGUAUUUCCCGAUUUCAACCAUAUAACCACCAAUCCUUUCUAUCACGAAAUGCGUGAGUCCAACUUGCACAUGUAUCACUACGCACUGGAAAGAUGCCUUUCGGGAAAAUCAUUACUACCAAAGCCAUCGAAUCAGUUCGCUCUCGUAGGCACCACGCAAGCUAUUCGGUCGCAACCGGCAGAUCAUAAGGAACGCUUUGAAAUGCCGAAACAAUUGCACCGCAAUUUGCUAUUGCUGUUGGAAAUAGUGAGCGCAUCAGAUUUCAAGUACGACGGAAUUCAUGUACGUUAUCGUGUUGAGCUUCCGCCGGAUGUAAAGAUGAUAAAUAAGGACAGUCAACUAUCAGGUAGUACACAUGCUUCAAAACAGCUCAAUGAUUGUUGGCAUUUUGCACAUUGCCACGAACUGCUACUAAAGCUACCGGACACGAAAGAAUUUGAACACAGCUUGGAAGUUUACUUUGAAGCCAUCUCUAUCGACGAUUGGUGCCGCGAGCGAUAUUUAGGCCACUCGCAUCUCUCCAUACCAUUACGACGUCAAAUACAAGAAACUAAAAUCAACUUUGUGCAGCUGACUAAUUCCGGUGCAGUAACUGAUAGCAUGGAAAGGUUUCUCGUGGGCAACCGUCGACAGGUGAAUCUGCCAUCAUUUUACGGGAAGGCCGGAGCAGCAAUAUUAAACCGAUACGCUAACGAGACAAUAUCGUCUGGAAAGUUACAAAUUCGCUUCCAAAUGGUACGGCAGCACCAGCCUAAGAUUAUUCAUGAUGGCUACUUUACUAGUACGCGAAAAACGAAAAACAUCACCCUAAAGGAACUAAUCAAAUCCUACAGUAGGGCGCGAGAGCGAUUGGAAGAAUUUGUAGACUUGAAGUACUAGGGUGGUAUCAUCGGAUUUAGUUUAAAUUUAAGACAAACGAUAACAGCAUACCCUGCGCCACAUCAUAGUAACGCUGAUAGUAGACAGAUCAAUUAAAUCGAAUGCUAUUUAUUCGAGUAAUCUGAA